UCCCUGAGUAUUCACUCGGGGCUUUGUUGGUGUGUGGGGGGGAGGCAGAAAAGACCCGAGAAGUGUGCGCAUUGCGUGUAAAUGCGGCCGGCCUUGACACCGGCGUCACCUAUCCAGCUCGGACCCAAACUGGAUUUCCUGCAAAGAAUGUCACGCGAAACGCGCGUAACCGUCCUCAUCACGACGCGCACGCAGUUUUCUUUACUUUGUCUCCUUUCCCGCCACUGGAUGAGCUUCAGAAAGCGAGUUCUUGAUCAAAGCAAAAGUCUUCCUAUGUCAAACACUGAUGUUCUACUGCGAGAGCGCCGCCUGCUGGCAAAGAUGAUCUAAUGCUGUAUGUCCUAGAUUAAUUUUCCCCCCUCAUCAUUUAUGUGAGAAAGAAAUGGAGCUUUGUGCAAUUUGGAUGCUAAAGUAACUUGAUCAUGGAACAAUAUGAUUUUGACCCUAUGGACAGCAGAGAUGAGGUACCUGUGCAGUCUAAGCAGAGGGAACCAGAACGUCUUUCCGCUGUCUCCGAAAUGUCAGGCAUUAUGCAUGCGAGUUCCUAUGGCCAAGAAAACUGUAGACAACAAAUCCAAGAAUCUCAGGAUGAGAAUGGUAUUAUUGAAAAUGGUCCUACCACUAGAACUCGAUCCAAAAUUGGACAAAGUCCUAUAGAAAACAUUCCUUCAUCAUUCAUGGUGCAAAUUCCUCAUUAUGCAUAUAAACCUGAAAAAAAUAAAAAAUGUCAAGUGUGUGGAAAACAUGCUCGAACACCAUCAGAUCUCUUACGCCACAUGAGGGUACACACAGGUGAAAGACCUUUCCCAUGUGUGGCAUGUGAUAAGACAUUUAAAUGUAAAAGAAGCCAACUCACACACCAGUACCUCAGUCAUGGCAUUAAAGAUGGCUUGUCAGCACACCGUCUUGAUGUCCUGGAUCAUCGAAAAGUUAAAAGAAACACAUCGAAAGUGAAAGAUAGUUUUCCAAACCAAAUGCCAAUGAUGAUGGAUAAACUCAUGCAUAAUUCUUUCAUGAUACAAAAAACAGAAACACCAACAGUAAUAGACCAAGAUGAAGACACAGAAAUCCUUGCUGGCGAAGAAAUUUCUAGCACAAGUGAUGGUCCAGUAAGCUUUGUUGGUCUUUUUAGUUCUCAAAAUGAGAACAGCUUAAAUAAUAUAAAAGAGGAAGCAACGCACCAAGAUACAAGUAAAAAUGAAACUGAAAUACCAUCCAUCAAACAAGAACAUGACACAUUCUUAGAGCAGCAAGAUAACAUAAAUGAGAGUAAAAAGGAUCAUCAUGAUCCAAUUUAUAUGUCAAAGAAAAAGAAAAAAGAUCGUUCGAAAAAGGUGCCCAUAUUACGCAUUAAGACUCAUAAAUGUACUCACUGUAAAAGACAAUUUAGGUCAAUAUAUACUCUCAGGUAUCAUCUCAGGUCAAUGCAUGAUGAAAAAGUUUAUCUUAGUCCAGCACUAGAAAGCAGACUGAAGAAAAGGCGUUGGAUACCUCCUCAUGUUCGGCUGCAGAAGUCAAAAUUGGGAUCUAGCACCUCACACAACCAUAGUAAGAAAGAACUUGUGAACAAAGAAAAAUGUUCCCAGGACAAAGUGAAUUAUUCCUUUUUACCUACUUAUCCAAAUGAAGAGAUUGAACAAAAGUUUUUCUCUCAAGCAACACAAAAUUUCACAAGCAAGUCUCCGCAGUUAACACAACCAAAUAAAAAUGAAGAUGCCAUAGAUUUACAUCUUAAUAGUGACUUCACUCUUGAAAUCAAAAAAGAAAAAGCAGAUUCUUAUGAAGAUGAGAUUAAUAAUAAUGUAUCCGAAAAUAACAAUGAAAAAGCUGAGAGAACUCUAAGAAAUUUAAUGGGCAUAAGUGACAGUGACAUUAAACAAAUGCCUUAUUACUCAAAUACUCUGCCAAGUUCAACAGCAAAUACAACUGGUACUGCCUUUAGCAUUAAUAAUACAACUAAUACAAAUGCUUCUAAUCCAUUUGUUCUGCCACCACAUAUAUUUUUCCCUAGCACUCCUGCAACAGAAGAAGGUUUGAUGAACGAAAAGCCUAUAUCUUGGGAAAGUUUGCAGGUUACUUCUGAAAGUGUUUUGAUAUCAAAACUGGAAGCAAUUCAUCCAGGAACUCAACAGAAAUACGUUCUUUACAAAUGUGGUCUCUGUGGCAAAGCAUUUGCAAGCUUAAGGGUAAUAUGUGGACAUUUAGCUUUGCACAAUGAUACAAGUAAGGAGAAAGAUUGUGAGAAAUGUGGUGCAUCUUUCAAAUGGAGGACGGAGUUAGAUUCUCACUUAGAAUGUCACCAGGCGUCUGAUAGAAAGUAUGUGCCUACGUCUCCUUACUUACCCAGCUACUACGUAAAUCCUUUUCCUAUUCCAGUAGUCACUCCAAGUGAACAAAAUGUUUUACCUGCAACACGGUUGUUGCCAUAUCCCUUUUUUCCUAUGCCUCAACAAAUACCUCCCCUCAUGCAGCCUGGCUUCUUUCCUUUCUUUGCAGCAGCUUUGCAACCUCAGGUGCAAUCAGGGAAUAACAAUCAAGAUGAAACAAUUCAAAAUAACUCCCAUGCUUCUACAGAAAAUCACAGCACAAUGGAGAAUUAUGAGGAUAAAAAUGUGGUUCAGGGUUGCACUUUCCAAUGUAAAUUAUGUCCUAAAACUUUUGAUCGUAUUUUCUCACUACAGAGACAUGAACGAAUUCAUAGUGGUGUAAAAGCUUGCUUUUGCAAAAUUUGUGGCAGGGGAUUUAGUGAAUUAAGAAAUCUGAGGCAUCACAUAAUACGCUUUCAUGCUGAAUCAGCACAAAAAGAACCUCUGCCAUAUAGAAGACGUCCUAACAGGAUGAGAAAUGUUAGCAGCUCUCAGAAACUGGUUUCAUUUUUGAAGAAAACUGCAGUUAGGAUAUUAAACUCAAUGGGACAGAAUAAAUUAGAUCCUCCAACCCAAACAGAUGUUAAUAGCAGCUCUGUGAAAAUACAAACAGAAGCAACUCAAGAAUCGGAUCAGCCUCAAAAUUUAUCAACUUCAAUUGCAUCUAACAUUCCUGAAAAUUUUCAUGAACAAAACACAUUAACAACAAUGCCAAAAUUAUUUGAUGCUACCUCUCAUCUAACACAACUAUCUCCUUCUCAGGAUCUUGGAGAAGUUCCCCCUCCAAAACUUUCCCCUGGGGUAGCUGAAGAUGUGAAAGAUAUAAAUUUAACAAAUGGCACUGAGACGGGUAACAAUGGUGCUGUAGAAGUAUUACAAGAUCCAAAACGAUCUCUACUUGGCAACCGAAGGAAAGGAAGGCCAUUUAAAUUAUCUACAAUGUCCUGUCAAACAUUACAUCUUGGUGGAGAAGAUAUGCUGUUUUCAAUCGCUGAAAACAGUUUUCUUGAAAAGCACACAGAAGCAGUCUCUGAGAGCAGUUUGCUACCAGCUGCAGAAGCUCUUAAUGGUACUUUGAAAUCAGAAAUAGCAUUUCCUCAAUUAAAUUAUUUCAAUAUUGAACCAGCUGUGAAUGAACCUAUUGAUAUGAGAAACCCAACAGUGAAAGAGAAAGUGGAAGAACCUCCAAAUAGGGAAUUAGAAACAGGUGAAGUACAAGACAGGAACUUAUCAUUUCAAAGUGACAACAGUCUUGGGCAAGUACUCUCUUUAAAGAUUUCCUUUUGUAUUGUAACUCUCUGCACUCAAGAUGCAAAUAUUUGCUUUGAAUCUCGAUGCUUGUUUCCAUGUAGUUACUGUCACAAAAGUUUUAAUUCGAUCACAGAUAUCAACAGGCACAUGAGUUUUCAUGCAGAUAUACGGCCUUUCAAAUGCCCAUACUGCAGUUACUGUAGCAGAACAAACAGUCAGCUUAAAGUCCACAUGAUGCGGCAUGAAGGUAUAAAGCAUUACAUGUGCCAGAUCUGCAACUAUAAUGGAGUGACACAGUCGGACUUGAAUAGGCACUUAAAGACAAGAACCCACCUCUUGCGAUCUCGCAACGUAUGUGCAUGUUGCGGAACAGGUUUUCAUACACGAAGCCUUUCAGACGAACACUACAAGAGUUGCCAUAUGUCAGCAAAUUCAAAUAAUCAGGAGCAGAACUCAAAGCAUCAGCAAGAAACUACAAACAGGUCACCUAUGUCCAACAACAGAAACCGUGUGACUCGUCUGAAGCAGUUUCGGACACCCGAGGAAAAAAUCAAAAACGAAUUCUACCAGAAGCUAUGCGAUCUCAAUAAUAUGGGAUUGACACUGGGAGACUUUCUGCAGCAGAAUUCCACACCAGUGAAUCUCGAAAAAUGAAACACGCACACACAUUCCAUCACAGCUUGAGGAGACCAAAUUUAUGGAGUGCUUGAAAAGAUUCACAAAUGAUUUUUUAUGAAAAGAUUAAAUUUUUUUUUUUACUAUUUGCAAAUCUAGUUUUAAUUAUGCAGUACAUUGCUUUUCAUCAGUCAAACAUUAGAUUCACUGAAUGAUAAAGUACAUAAGUUCCUUAAGAUGAAGUGAUAAUCCUUUGUAGUCAUUUACAAGAUAAGCUAAUAAAUACUGAACACUUUAUCUGAUGGCAGCAAUCAAUGGCCGUCCAGUGAAAAUACGUAAUGAUAAUUAGAUAUCAGCUGUUUGUUGUUGUCAUAUAGUGUUUUACUCUUUGUAACAAUUAGCUAAAAAAUCAUUCCAGGAACCUCUCAAGCACCUUAAAUAUUUCAUAAAAUAUUAUGAUGAAAGUGUUCAUUCUUACAGCAAAGUGAGAAAACUGAGUGUGCAGCAAGCUAUUAUUGGCAGUUCAAUCUGCAGCACAAAUACUCAGGGGAAUUUCUGAAAAUUAUACUUCAUAAAAAUACAAAGUAUAAAUAUAUAUUAGUCUUGGAAUAAGAUAAAAGGCAGAAAUUGGUUUUAAAAAAUUGUGAGUGAUAUCGCAGAUUUGUAAAUGCUAAAAUUAGUGAAAAUAUUAUUUUAGAACUGCUUUUCAAUUGCAAUAGAAAGAAUAAUUUUAAUUUCUUAUAAGAAAUAGCAGGUAAUAUUCUUUGAAAUCUAUGGAAGCACCAAGAAAAGAAUCUUGUAUAUUAUUUUAUGAAAUAUGUCAAAGGAAUAAAAUAACUCCUUACAGCUAGCAUUAUUUUUAUAUUUUACAUGAAGAACUUAACAUCUUCAUUAAAAGAUCCUAUGUAAUAUUAUUUUUGUAUUUUGUCAAUUUUUGCUCAUGAAAUCUACAUGAACUGAAGUAUAUUUGUUUCAUACAGGUAAUUCAGAGAAAUCAAAUUAUGAAUGAUCUGUCCCUCUUAUUAUAAUGAAAUUUUUUAUCUGAUUUUCAAAAUAUCUUUGGGAUGUUAAUAAUGAAAACAUAAUUUGACAAAAAAAUUUUAAUAUAUAUAAUAAAAAUACUUAAAUAUCUAAAUAUU